CGGCCCCGCGCCCUGGAUGAGAAGCUGCUGUCCGAGCCUCUCAACCACCCCGACUUCUUCAACGUGAAGGAGCUCUUCUCCCUGAAAGACCUCUUUGAUGCCCGUGUGCACCUGGGGCACAAAAAGGGAUGUCGGCAUCGGUUCAUGGAGCCCUACAUCUUUGGCUGCCGCCUGGAUCAAGACAUCAUUGACUUGGACCAGACCAUGCAGCACCUCCAGCUGGCCCUCAACUUCACUGCCCACAUCGCCUACCGCAAGGGCAUCAUCCUCUUCAUCAGCCGCAAGCGCCAGUUCUGCCACCUGGUCGAGAGCACGGCGCGGGACUGCGGGGAGUACGCCCACACCCGCUACUGGCAGGGCGGCCUGCUCACCAACGCACACAUCCAGCUCGGGUCCGGCGUCCGCCUGCCCGACCUCAUCAUCUUCCUCAGCAGCCUCAACAAUGUCUUUCAGCCCCACGUGGCCAUCCGGGAUGCUGCCAAGAUGAACAUCCCCACGGUGGGGGUGGUGGACACGAACUGCAACCCCUGCUUGAUCACCUACCCCAUCCCCGGGAACGACGACAGCCCCACCGCCAUGGAGCUCUACUGCAAGCUCUUCAGGAUGACCAUCAUCCGCGCCAAGGACAAGAGGAGGGAGAGCGAGGUCUUUGAAGAGCUGCAGAGCAAAGCAAAGGUCAAUUAGAGCCCAUGGGACAGGCUUGGCUGUGCCCAACAGCUUGGUAAUGGGCAUCCUGCUCCACUCCU